UGUCCACCAAGCCAAAUUAGCAAGACGCAGUCAAGAACGAGACAAUCUGGGCAUGCUGGUCUGGUCACCUAAUCAGAAUCUAUCAGAAGCAAAACUGGACGAAUACAUCGCCAUUGCCAAAGAGAAGCACGGGUACAACAUGGAACAGGCUCUUGGGAUGCUCUUUUGGCAUAAGCAUAAUAUUGAAAAAUCAUUGGCUGAUUUGCCCAACUUUACCCCCUUCCCAGAUGAGUGGACUGUGGAAGAUAAAGUCUUGUUUGAGCAAGCCUUUAGUUUUCAUGGGAAAACAUUUCAUAGAAUCCAACAAAUGCUUCCUGAUAAAUCCAUAGCAAGUCUGGUGAAAUUCUACUACUCGUGGAAGAAGACGAGGACUAAGACCAGCGUGAUGGAUCGCCACGCCCGCAAGCAGAAGCGCGAGCGGGAGGAGAGUGAGGAUGAACUAGAAGAAGCAAAUGGAAAUAAUCCCAUUGACAUUGAGAUUGAUCAAAAUAAGGAGAGCAAAAAGGAGGUGCCUCCUACUGAGACAGUUCCUCAGAUCAAAAAAGAGAAACAUAGUACACAAGCUAAAAACAGAGCAAAAAGGAAACCUCCAAAAGGAAUGUUUCUUUCUCAAGAAGACGUGGAGGCUGUUUCUGCCAAUGCCACGGCCGCUGCCACGGUGCUGAGACAACUGGACAUGGAACUGGUUUCAGUCAAACGACAGAUUCAGAAUAUUAAACAGACAAACAGUGCUCUCAAAGAGAAACUUGAUGGUGGGAUAGAACCAUACCGACUUCCAGAGGUCAUCCCGAAAUGUAACGCACGCUGGACCACAGAAGAGCAGCUGCUGGCUGUACAAGCCAUCAGGAAAUAUGGCCGAGACUUUCAGGCAAUCUCAGACGUGAUUGGCAACAAAUCAGUGGUACAAGUGAAAAACUUUUUUGUAAAUUAUCGACGCCGCUUCAACAUAGAUGAAGUUUUACAAGAAUGGGAGGCAGAACAUGGGAAAGAAGAGACCAAUGGACCCAGUAACCAGAAAGCUGUGAAGUCCCCGGAGAAUCCUGUCAAGAUUCCUGAAGAGGAAGACGAGGCUGCUUCUGUUCUUGACGUCAGAUAUGCAUCUGCCUCCUGAGAAACUCUGGUAGCUUCCAGUACUUGGUAUGGACAACUGUGUUACCCAGGAUAUCAGGUAUUACAAGACAUCACCUAGCCAUCUGCAUCACAUCUCUGUGGACAAGCAGCUAUUACCAAAAAGGCAUACACUUCAGUCCUGUGCUACAUCUGCCUUAAUUCUUCGCUCGUUCCUCCGUGUUGGCGCCACUUCCCAGAGAGCUCCGUUGCAUCUCCACUCUGCCUAAGUGCUGGGGGAGCCUCCUGGCCUGCACGCCUCCCGUGACUCUGGGGACCGCCUCCCCGGUCGGAGCUCCUGAGCCCCAUCAAUGGCAGCUCUUCCCGUCAGCAGCUUCAGAACAGGUAGUCGACUCGGAAGGCACGACUCCGCUCCUGCAUGGCCUGCAAUUUCUACUUUGUGCAUAAUGUAAUUUUCAGAGUAACUGUGACCUUGUUGGCCUUCUAGAAAGUUUCUCUUGUUCUUCUCUGAGGCAUCCACCUAAAUGAUAUCAUGCAUCUUUGGAAAUCACAGUAUAUUGGCAGACUGCAUUAUAACCUCUAUCGUGCCAAACAUCCUGAUUCAACUCACAUUUCCCUGAACAUAGGGUAUAAUUAUGGUUUAUAAGUGUAGUUGGCUUAAUCCCUCCUUCUCCUUUCUCAGUUGGUAGGAAGCUCAUUCGCAGCAGCUCUCCUUGGACACUGUAGCUUAAAAGGAACGUGGACCUCAACACUCUGCCUUCACCUCUCGGCAUUGUGAUCAGGAUGGGUGCCGCCCUGUCUUCCCUGACCCCCCUCGCCCCCAGCUCCAAGAGAUUUGGUCCAUACCACUACUGUACUUGGUGCUUGUACAUUUGGAAUUGGUGCCUUCUCCUUUUGGCAACCAUGUUAUCAAUUCUUUUUCUGUUUUAGUGUCUUACUUCUUUCAAGUUGAUUGCUUGCCAAAGAUGACAUCACUGAGAUUUGGAGAUGGGAGAGCUUGCUGCAGAUUCUGACAGAGUGCAGAUUUUAAAUGUCACAUUAGCUCAACAAAGGGUAUUAGAAUAGCUGGUGAUGGUUUUACACAACUGCACGUUGUUUGUUGCCCGUCCUCUCAGUAUGCCUGGCCUUUUCUGUGUUAUCACUCCAUGUGUCCUUUUGUGUCCUUCAUGUACUGAUGCGACCACAUAAACAUCACCCUCUCUCUUUUCAUGUAGUAUAGGACAGAGAAGUGUUUAGUUUAUUGGUCCUAGUGAGACCAAGAUGAAAAGAAACAAUCUACAAAGUGGUAUAUAUUGCCUUUUGGUUGGACUGGCACGAGUGAAAACUUCUAAUAAAUGUCCUGAGGCUUCCAGAAUCACUUUUAUUCUCUUGCCCGGCUGGGGACCUGCGGAGAGGCUGAGGGGUUGACUGUCGAGCUGCAUUUGAACUCCCUGCCCCUUCCCACGGUCAGUUCAGCCUGCACUAAAUAUACUGAAGGAACAUUUUUGUUCUUGUUUUUUGCAUCAUUUAAAUAUUUUUACCGCUUUCAAUACCAAAAAAGAAAGAAUACAGAUGCUUUAAGGCAGCAUAAACAGAAUUCUUAAGAAUUUAAAAUAUGCAAUUAAAAUAUGUAUGUGUUCUGACUCCCAAGCACCUUGCCUUUUUUUUUUUUUUUUUAAGUCUGCUGAUUCUCUCUAGGAAGAGAGUCAGCUAGAAAAGUAGAUGGUUUGCAAUUGUAGUUUUUCUUUUAGAAAUCUGGAGAAGGGUCAUUCAAAACGGGGGGAGUGAAAUGGGACUUUCCCAACUUUUAUCAUCCUGUCCCUAAGCUGGGUGUCUGCAGUCCGGGGUCAGGGGACAGCAUGUGAAGGACAGCAGUCACAGCUCGCCACUCCUGCCUGGAUGGGGCAGAAGAAACACUAGAGCGUUGCAGGGUUGUUCUGUUUGUAUCGUAAGCCUGCUGUGUAGUUGGGAAGUGGCAGGAAAGGACCGCGGAGGAGGUGGCAUAAGUUUUGCACGUCUCAUUAAGGGGACACGAAGGCGUGCACAGAAACUUGAGUUUCUCCUUGCUUCUCACAACCCCCUUCCCUCUUCCUGGAAGCAGUCAGCAGUUUGCUGCGGCAAGUUUCUCACUCUGCCAGUGGGUCUGUUCCUCUCUUCUCUCCCAGGCUAUUUUCCUCAAGAAUUGAUCCCUUCUGGCAGUGCUUGAAAGCAUGAGACUAGGUCUGAUGUCGCAUGAUGGGCACGCCAGCAGUGCCAGACCUCAAUCUGUAUUGGGCACCAAGCCCUUAGGUGGUUCCUGGCACCGAGUGGCCUCCUGUCCCGAAGAGUCACUGUGCCGGUAUUGUCGAGAUGGCAGCAGCUGGGUUUGGGCUUUCUCUCCAAGGGAAGGGGUAUGUCGUUUCCAUUUGCCAGAAGGGAAAAAGAGAGUUGUCUUUGCCUGGCUGCCUUCGUUGUAGUUUCAUGCGUAAGAUAGCACUGUGUUUUAAACUGUUUCAUUACACUGUCUUUGCAAUGAUGUUGUAAAUGCAAGAAAUCAUGUAGCUUUAAAAGCUAAGUGGUUUGGUCUUAUUUAUGUGCAGCCCGUUUUUAACAUAUCAAGACUUCGGUGCGUCAGCAGGUCAUGUUUGGACGCGUAAGGGUCCACAUGGCAACUGCUUUGGAUGCAAUGUUCACUUAAGCUUUGUCUUCUUAAAAAUUAUCAAUGUGAAUGUUAUAAUUAUAUAUAUAUUUUUGUGGAAAAUUUCUCCUAAGUAUAAGUUAUUGUGCAAAUUAUAGUACCAUUGAAACAAAUGAUAGUUUUAGUUUAGAAAUCCUAAAAAAUAUAAAUUGCAUUGCAUAUGCAUUAAAAGUUUGUUUUAUUUAAUUUUAUGUAGAUGUGUAAAGUGUUAGGUAAAAUUUUUUUCACUUAUCCAUUUAAACACCUUGUUACUUGAAUAUUGUGUUGACUGGUCUGAAACAGUGGUCAGUUCUGUAAUGUAGCUCUUUCAGCCGGAAGCAGCCCCGCCGGCGGCUGUGCUGACAACAUCAGCGGGGGGCGGGACAUGGCUGGGCCGUGUCAGCGGGAGCCAGGCGGUGGUGUACCGUGCCCACUGCGCUGUCUUGGUGUAUUUGUGCCCACCGAGACACCAGUUCCUCAAAAUGCUUUUUGAUAGUUUUUUAACCUGUAAGACCCUUUGAUGGUCACAAACCUCUAAUCAAAAAAUGAAAAAAUAGUUGAGUUUCACAGCUUGACUAUAGUGGACUAAUUCAGCAGUUUUCUGUGUAUAUAAAAUUUCCUCAAAUAUCACACACCACUGUAAGUGUGCUCAUUGUCACUUUAAUUUUCAACUAUGCCCUAUUUUUGUCUUUCUAAAUAUCAGAUAAUACUAUUGGUAUAAUUGCAUACCAAAAAUAAGCCAAACAGUGCAUUACACUAACUGGAUCCCUGCUUAUGUGAGCAAAGGAAAGAUGGAGCCAACUUAGUCGAGAGUCUCCUUUUCUCUCUUGUCUAGCCUGUUUCUAAAUCUAGUGACCCAGGACUCAAGCUUUUAAUAUCAAGUGAAACUUUGCCUCAAGUCGACUCACGGUAGUUAGCUAGCUAAUCUGAGUCUAGUGAUCUUGUACAAUGCUCAAAAACAAACACUCUUUCUGCCACCCCUAGAUCUCUGCAGCUUUUCCCAGUUAUAGUGAAGCACAAUUGCAGCACCGUUACAAUU